CUCCAUGUCGAACUACAGGACGCGGUGUCACCUUGAACACCGCUCGCCGCACACUUACCGCUGCCGCCACCGGUUCAUCGCGGCAGGAGGCGGCUUGGUUUUAAAGUUCACCUAUGUCUUCUCAAGAUUGUCUUGAAAUAGUCGUCUCGCUGGGGUUUUUUUUUUACGCCGGAUUUCAGAAUGGGAGUAGUACUGCGGAAUCUCCAAAAGGUGGUGCCUCUUCGCCGCGCGAGGCUGCGCAAGGACGUGGACACACUGAGGCACAUACUGGGAGUGCAGAAAUUCGACCUGGGCAUCAUUUGCGUGGAUAACCGCAGGAUUCAGCAAAUUAAUAACGUAUAUAGAAAGAAAAACGUGCCUACGGAUGUGCUCUCAUUUCCAUUCUACGAGGACCUGAGACCUGGAACGCUGCCCUGCCCCCUUCACAGAGAUGAGCUGAACCUUGGGGACAUUUUCUUGGGGGUCGAGUUUCUGAUGAAGCAGUGUCAGGAAGAAUCCCUAGAUCUGCACGGAGCCCUCACCGUUGUCACUGCACAUGGUAUCUGCCACCUGCUGGGCUACAGACACGAGACAGAGGAAGAAUGGACUGAGAUGCUGCAGAGGGAAAGCUACAUACUGAGUGAGUACAACAGACUCACAGGGAGACAUCUGGAGCCACUGACGAAGCGAUGCAGUCAGGAUAGGUGACGGUCACCUGCUCACUACGUGUACUAUGGUGCUUCAUAUUGUUGUUCAGUCCUGUUAUCAGGUGGGACUACUGUUUUGUUCACUUUCAUGCCCUCCUUCCUAACCAAACGUAAAGGACACGGUCUCACAAGGUGGGGCAACGGGACUUUAAUCACCUGGCAGUACCCUUUUUCAAACAUCAAAUUCAAAGUCUGUGCACUUUCACUGGAAUAUUUUAUUAAAAUCUGCUUUAGGAAGA